UCCACAUUCCGGCUGCCACCCAGUUUUCCUCUUCGGUCCUGGGUGGGUCACCGCAGUUCCUCCAUUAUUUCACCAUCGAGCACGCACACACGCCGCGGCCAGAAAUAGCAAUGGAGGGAGGGGAGAGCAGCGGCAAGAGGGCGAGCGCAGAGGAAGUGAAGUCAGAGCCAGAGGAAGGAGAGGUGCUGAUGAUGAUGCAGGACGGAGGCGAAGGAGGCGGCGCGUCGGUGGCGGCGGAGUCCAUGGCGCCGGCGCAGAUCGACGUGAGGAUGGACCUGACGCUGCUCCACUGCCAGGGCUGCCUCCUCCCCCUGAAGCCCCCCGUCUUCAAGUGCGAGGCCGCCGGGCACGUCGUGUGCUACCACUGCCGCGCCGUCCACAGCACCAUCUGCAGCCGCGCCAGCACGCACUGCGGCGAGCUGGACGCCGUGGUGGGCGCCGCCAAGGUGCCGUGCGCCUACAGGGCGUUCGGCUGCGAGCGGCACGUGGUGUACCACGAGGCCGCGGACCACCAGCGCGCGUGCCACUGCGCGCCCUGCUCCUGCCCGGACCCGGCGUGCGGCUUCGCGGGCAACUGCGCGGCGCUCCUCGACCACUUCGCCGCCGUCCACCGGCGCCCCGCCGCCACGGUCCGCUACGGCCGGGCCCGGGACCUCGGCCUCUCCGUGUCGCGCCGCUGGCACGCGCUCGUCGGGGAGGAGGACGGCAGCGCGUUCCUCGUGUCCCUGGGCCCGCUCGGCGCGGCCACCGCCGUGUCGCUGGUCUGCGUCAGGCCGGACGGCGAGGCGGCGCCGCAGUUCUGGUGCAAGCUCUCCGUGGAGCGCCUGGGCGGCGACAACAGGGACAGGCUGGUCCUCAUGGCCUCCGCGGUGAGCAGCAGCGCGCUGUCCACCGGCGCGCCGGCGCCGGGGCAGGGGAUGUUCUUGGCCGUGCCCCAGGAGCUGCUCUCCGGCGACACGCUCACGCUCACCGUCCGCAUUGAUAUGAUCCGGCCUGCCGCCGGCGCUGCCGCCGCUCCCAAGUCGACAACACCACAGCCUAGGACGGCUAGGAGGAUGCAGUGAAGUAUAUGCGGCCCACGAUCUUCCGCACUGUGCAUGUUAUGUCUAUGAGACUAUGAGCUGUGUAGGUAGUAGUAAUGCAGCUACUGGUUUGUAAGUACUACUUAUUUGAUUGAGUGAGUGCAACCAAUUGAAGUUAAUUUGGAGAUCCUGAACCGGGGUAUAUUAUCUGAACCUGCAUUAGAGUAUGUAGAGUGAAGUGCAUUUUUUGAACCAUUU